CCAACCCCGCGCCUUUUCACGCCGCGCCACGCCGUCCGAGCCAUGGGCCACCAAUGGCCACCCCGACCGCCGCCGCGCUCUCGUGCUCCUGCCACCGCUCCCCCUCCCCUUCCUCGUCCGCGUCCGCCUUCCGCCGGCGGAACAUCGCCUCCGUCUCCGGCGCGUCUCUCCAACGUGCAGAUCCUCCCCACCGUCUAGCCCCGUUGCAUGUCGUCGAUGACUCCAAGGAGGUGGAGGCCGCCGCCGCCGCCGAUCGUCCCGUGGAGAGGUCCCAGACGGAUAAGAUGGUGGACGGCAUGGACUUCGGGGAGCUCUGCAACGACUUCGAGUGCAUAAGCAGCCCCUACGUGGAGGCCACGGCGAGGCAGCUCGCGCGUGACAUCCUCGAUCUGCGCGAGGACAACCGCGCGUUCAAUUGCUACGCCGUCUCCGUCAAAUACAAGGACCCGCUCAGGACAUUUGUUGGGCGUGAGAAGUACAUGAGGCCAUUGUGGAUCACCAAGGCAUUGGAAAACCCUGUAGUGACAGUCCAGGAAAUGUCAAUGCAAUCGACAAGCACUCUGACAAUCAAAUGGGCAUUCAGAGGGAAACCUAAGAAUCCAUUCUUCGCGACCAUCGGAGGGGAAGUCAUAGUCCGUGUUGACUCGCAGUACGUCUUGAACCAGAUAAGUGGCCAAGUACUCGAACAGGUGGACUCCUGGGACCUCACUGCCUCGUCUCUACCCGCUCAGGCCUACUUUUGGUUGUCCAGAAGGGUUUACUCCACUGUUGAGUCCGGGAAGGAUACAAUUGAAGCUGCUAAGAGCACGGCAUCUGGGCUAUCAACAAAGGAAGAUCAGAACUUGGAAAGUUAUCCGGAUCCUUCUGGCGAUCCUACAAAGUUCUUUCAAAGGCCAGAUGAUGGAUUGAAUCAAGAUGUGUACCAGAUUGCGCUUUUCCUGGCCGUGAUCUACUUCAUUGUACAGUUUUUGAAAACGACUCUGUGAUUGCACCAGCAUCAACUGCACCAGCUUCAACGCAAUCUGUCCUAAUCUUCCCGAUCGAUCCUGUGUGUAUCUAACUAUGUAUAGCAAAAUUAUAUCAUAUAGUCAUGCCACAGUCUGACGUGCAAGAGAUUUGAGACUUUGACAACA